UCGGUUAGGGGCGGGCAUCCCGGGCCCGGAGUAACCGCCGCGCCCCUCAGCGCCCGCCCCCGCAGCCAGCCCCGCCGCGGGACUGCGGGAGGGGCGGAGUCGGGAAAUGUCGGGCCACUCCUGAUACUCGUCCCGUUGCCAGGCUAUGGGGAGAAGGCGGGGCCGAGGAGCUAGAGGAGCCGCGCUCAGCAGGAAUCCGGCACCCGUCGGAGAGGCGGCCGCGCAGCCGCCCUAGCUCCCUCUGGGGCCUCCCGCUCCGCCCCAACCCUGGAGCCCGAGGCGCGCAUGCGUCGCGCGAAGGCCCACCUCCGCCCCUCACAGGGCUCUCGGCAGGGCUUCCUGUCCGGCGCGAGUGGCUCCACGGUCGGAGCCACCCCGUAGCCGGUGAACCGAGCGGUCUCGAGAGAAGGGCGCGGGAGGGCAGGCGCAGGAAGAAGGAGCGCCGCGUCCACCGCGGCUGAAGAAAAUGGUGUUCGAGUCGGUGGUCGUGGACGUGUUGAACCGGUUCUUGGGGGACUAUGUGGUGAACCUGGACACGUCCCAGCUCACACUGGGCAUCUGGGGAGGAGCUGUGGCCCUCAAGAAUCUUGAAAUUAAAGAAAAUGCCCUGAGUCAGCUGGAUGUACCAUUUAAAAUUAAAGUUGGUCAUAUAGGUAAUCUUAAUCUUAAAAUUCCAUGGAAAAACCUUUAUACUCAACCAGUUGAAGCUGUAUUAGAAGACAUUUAUUUACUCAUAGUACCUUCUUCUAUAAUAAAAUAUGAUCCUUUAAAAGAAGAAAAGCAACUCUUAGAAGCAAAGCAACAGGAAUUGAAAAGAAUAGAAGAAGCAAAACGAAAAGUAGCUGAUCAAGAAAAACAACGGGUGGAGAAACAGGACACUUUUACAGAGAAAUUAAUUACUCAGAUAAUAAAAAAUCUUCAAGUGAAAAUUUCCAACAUCCAUAUUCGUUAUGAAGAUGAUAUCACAGAUCGAGAGAACCCACUGUCAUUUGGUAUUUCCCUCCAGAAUCUCAGCAUGCAGACAACUGAUCAAUACUGGGUUCCAUGUUUACAUGAUGAAACUGAGAAGCUAUUUCGUAAGUUAAUCCGAUUGGAUAACCUUUUUGCCUAUUGGAAUGUGAAGUCUCAGAUGUUUUAUCUUAAUAAUUAUGAUGAAUCAUUGAACAGCCUGAGGAAUGGCAUUGUUGAUGAAAAUAUUGUUCCAGAAGGUUACAAUUUUGUAUUUCGCCCCAUAUCUGCUAAUGCCAAACUUCAGAUGAAUCGCCGAUCGGAUUUUGACUUUUCUGCCCCCAAAAUAAACCUGGAUGUUGAGUUACAUGACAUAGCAAUUGAAUUUAAUAAACCACAGUAUUUCAGUCUUAUGGAGCUUCUUGAAUCAAUUGAUAUGAUGACGCAAAAUCUACCAUAUAGGAAAUUCAAACCUGAUGUACCUCUUCAUUACCAUGCCAAAGAAUGGUGGGUUUAUGCUAUACGUGGUAUUCUUGAAGUAAAUGUUUGGCCCCGUUUACGGAUGUGGUCAUGGAAGCAUAUUAGAGAACAUAGGCAAAAAGUGAAGCAGUACAAAGAACUGUAUAAAAGAAAGCUAACAAGUAAGAAGCCGUCUGGUGAACUGCUCAGCUCUUUGGAGGAGUUGGAAAAGACUUUGGAUGUAUUUAAUAUAACUAUAGCAAGACAACAGGCAGAAGUUGAGGCAAAGAAAUCUGGAUACAGGAUUUACAGAGAAGGAGCAAAUGAGUCAGAAGAUAAUAAAGGAUGGUUUAGCUGGCUGUGGAAUUGGUCAGAAUCACAAACUAAACAACAACCAGAUGUUAAACCUGGAAGUCUUGAAGAAAUGUUGACACCUGAAGAAAAAACUUUACUAUAUGAAGCAAUUGGCUAUAGUGAAACAGCAGUUGAUCCAACCUUGCCAAAAACAUUUGAAGCCAUCAAGUUUUUUGUUCACUUGAAAAGUAUGUCUAUUAUUCUGAGAGAAAAACAACAAAAAUCUGAGCUGUUAGAUAUUGUAGUGGAGGAAUUCAGUACGUUGAUUGUGCAAAGGCCAGGAGCACAAGCAAUUAAAUUUGAGACCAAAAUAGAUUCGUUUCAUGUUACUGGCUUACCAGAUAAUUUGACAAAACCCCGCCUCCUGUCUUCAUUGGAUGAUUCUGCAUCACUCUUCCAAAUUAUAUUUGAGAUAAAUCCAUUAGAUGAAACUGCUGCUCAAAGGUGUAUCAUAGAAGCUGAACCUUUAGAAAUGCUAUAUGAUGCAAGAACUGUGAAUAGUAUAGUGGAAUUCUUCAGACCUCCAAAGGAGGUAAAUCUAGCACAGCUGACUUCAGUGACUUUGACAAAACUUGAAGAAUUCCGUGAUAAGACAGCGACAGGUCUGUUAUACAUUAUCGAAACACAGAAAGUUCUUGAUCUCAAAAUUAAUUUGAAGGCUUCAUAUAUUAUACUCCCACAAGAUGGAGUUUUUAGCCCUACAUCCAAUCUACUUAUUUUGGAUCUUGGUCAUCUAAAGGUGACAAGUAAAAUUCGUUCAGAAUUACCAGAUUUAAAACAAGGUGGCCCCAAACUUGAAGAGAUAAUGGAUAGAGCUUAUGAUUCCUUUGAAAUUCAGCUUACAAGCAUACAGCUGCUUUACAGCGGAGUUGGUGAUAAUUGGAAAGAAGCACGAAAACUCAGUGUAUCUGCACAACAUAUUUUGGUACCUAUGCACUUCAAUGUGGAACUCUCUAAGGCCAUGGUUUUCAUGGACAUAAGGAUGCCCAGAUUCAAGAUUUUUGGGAACUUACCACUGAUUUCUUUAAGAAUCUCGGAUGAAAAACUGCAAGGGAUUUUGGAAUUGAUUGAAAGCAUCCCAAAACCCCCACCUGCAACUGAAGUCAGUGCCCCUGUCAAGCCAUUUCAGAUUGAAAGAUCCACUUCUUUGGGAACAUCCCAGAUUUCACAGAAAAUGUUUCCUCUCUUGGAAAUUCCGUGUGUUGAUGAUGAUUCAGAGGAGGAGUUUUUUGAUGCAGUAUGUAGUCCCUUGGAAGAGCCUCUUCAAUCUCCAACUGGAGUUGAAAGUCCUCAACAGAAAAAGCCAUACUGUUCAAAAAAUAUGAUUGAGUAUAAAAUAAGAUUUGAAGUGCCAGAGGUUUUGAUUCAAUUUUGUCAACUUGUUGGAGAUUGUGAACUACCUGUGGUAGAAAUUAAUGUCUUAGGAUUGGGCACAGACAUUGAGUUUAGAACAUUUGAUUUGAAAGCAAAUGCCUUUUUGAAAGAGGUCUGCUUAAAAUGCCCAGAAUACUUCGAUGAAAAUAUGAAACCAGUUUAUUUGAUUACAACACUGGAUAACACCUUGGAAGAUCUGUUAACACUGGAAUAUGUGAAGGCUGAAAAGAAUUUACCCAACUUGAAAAGUACCUAUGACAAUGUUGUGCAACUGAUUAAGGUGAAUUUUUCGUCUUUGGAUAUUCAUUUACAUACUGAAGCACUUCUGAAUACAAUAAAUUAUUUUAAUAAUAUCCUUCCACAAUUGGAGGAAAAAUCAGCCCCAAUACACGUUGCGGAGACCGAAGACAAAGGAGAGGUUAUUAAAAAAAUACCUUUAAAACUAUCCAAGAAUGAAGAUACUAUUACUUUGCAAAUUUUAGCAGAGUUAUCGUGUUUACGGAUAUUUAUUCAAGAUCAGAAACGUAACAUUUCAGAAAUUAAGAUUGAAGGGCUUGAUUCUGAGAUGAUUAUGAGGCCUUCAGUGACUGAAAUAAAUGCAAAGCUAAGGAAUAUAAUUGUUUUGGAUUCUGAUAUAAAUGCUGUAUACAAAAAGGCUGUUUAUAUUACUGGAAAAGAAGUUUUCAGCUUCAAAAUGAUUUCUUACAUGGGUGCGACUGCUGGUUCUGCAUACACAGAUAUGAAUGCGGUUGACGUUCAAGUUAACUUAACCGUUGGUUGCAUUGAAGUAGUUUUCGUCACAAAAUUUCUAUAUUCUAUACUGGCUUUUGUAGAUAACUUUCAAGCAGGUAAACAAGCCUUGGCUGAGGCAACUGUUCAGGCAGCAGGAAGGGCUGCUACUGGUGUGAAAGAACUGGCACAAAGGAGCUCUAGAAUGGCAUUGGAUGUUAACAUCAAAGCCCCAGUUGUGGUUAUCCCACAGUCUCCAGUUUCUGAAAAUGUUUUUGUUGCUGAUUUUGGGCUAAUUACGAUGACAAAUACAUUCCAUGUGAUAACAGACAGCCAGACCAACCCCCCACCCAUUAUUGAUUUGAUAACAGUAAAGCUGAGUGAAAUGCGACUAUACAGGACUCAAUUUAUUAAUGAUGCAUACCAGGAUGUACUGGAUCUUCUACUGCCAUUAAAUCUUGAGGUGAUUGUUGAGCGAAAUUUAUCCUGGGAGUGGUAUCAAGAAGUUCCUUGUUUUAAUGUAAAUGCUCAUCUAAAGCCCAUGGAGUUCAUUCUUAGUCAAGAAGAUAUAACAAUUAUUUUUAAAACAUUAUAUGGCAAUAUAUGGUAUGAAGAUGGUGGUAGUGCCUCAAAUGCAGGAAUAAAAGAUCAGUCUAGUGUUACUAGUGGAAUUACUCAUGCUUCACACCGUACAGGAGGAACAACUGUAGUGACAGCUGCUGUGGUGGAAGUACAUUCACGUCCUUCUCAAGUUAAGACAACACUAAAUAUGAGUUUCAAAACUGAUUAUCUUACCAUGGCGCUGUAUAGUCCGGGUCCUAAACAGACUUCCUUUACAGAUAUUCGUGAUCCUUCUCUGAAUCUUGCUGAAUUUAAGUUGGAGAAUAUUAUAAGUACUUUAAAAAUGUAUACAGAUGACUCAACGUUUUCUUCCUUCUCAUUAAAGAACUGUAUUUUAGAUGACAAAAGGCCUCAUGUCAAGAAGGCGACUCCUAGAAUGAUAGGACUGACAGUUGGGUUUGACAAAAAGGACAUGAUGGAUGUACGGUAUAGGAAAGUCAGAGACGGAUGGGUGGCUGAUUUAGUCCUUCAAGAAAUGUAUAUUUGUGCAAGUGUAGAAUUUCUCCUGACCGUUGCAAAUGUCUUUCUUGAGGCCUACACCACAGGCACUGCUGUAGAAACCAAUGUUCAAACAUGGCCUGCUAAAGAAGAAGUGCCUAUACAGGAAUCAGAGAAGUGGGAAAUUAAUGUCCUUAUUAAAAAUCCUGAAAUUGUGUUUGUGGCUGAUAUGACAAGAAAUGAUGCUCCUGCCUUAGUCAUUACAACACAAUGUGAAAUUUGUUGGAAAGGUGACUUUGAAAAUAAUACAAUGACUGCUGCCAUUAAAGAUCUCCAAGUCAGAGCAUGCCCAUUUCUUCCAGUCAAGAGAAAAGGAAAAAUCACUACUGUUUUGCAGCCCUGUGACUUAUUCUGUCAAGCUACUCAGAUAAGUACAGAUCCACAGGUGAUUGAUUUAUCAGUAAAAUCACUGACAUUGAAGGUUUCACCAGUUAUCAUAAAUACUGUGAUCACCAUAACUUCAGCACUUUAUACAGCUAAGGAAACCAUCCCACAAGAAACUGCUGCUUCUACAGCACAUUUAUGGGAAAAGAAGGAUACAAAGAAUUUGAAAAUGUGGUUUCUUGAAGAACCAGAUGAAGCUGAAAAAGUAGCUCCCGCAACUGAAUUGGUACCCAAAGGAGAGAUGAUAAGAAUGAACAUUGAUUCUAUUUUUAUAGUUCUUGAGGCUGGAAUUGGUCAUAGAACCGUGCCUAUGCUUUUAGCAAAAUCACAUUUCUCAGGGGAAGGCAAAAACUGGAGUUCUCUAAUAAAUCUCCACUGUCAGCUUGAGCUUGAAGUACAUUAUUACAAUGAAAUGUUUGGUGUAUGGGAGCCUUUGCUUGAACCCUUAGAAAUUGAUCAGACUGAGGAUUUUAGACCAUGGAAUCUUGGAAUCAAGAUGAAAAAGAAAGCCAAAAAGGCCAUUGUUGAGUCAGGUACUGAAGAAGAAAAUUAUAAGGUGCCAGAAUAUAAAACUGUCAUCACUAUCCAUUCAAAAGACCAACUAAACAUUACAUUAUCCAAAUGUGGCCUUGUAAUGUUAAAUAACUUAGUCAAGGCAUUUACGGAAGCUGCCACUCGAUCUUCAGCUGCCUUCGUAAGGGAUCUAGCACCAUUUAUGAUUUUAAACUCUCUUGGACUUAAUAUCUCUGUUUCGCCAAGUGAAUCUUUUAGUGUACUCAACGUACCUAUGGCAAAAUCAUACGUGUUGAAAAGCGAGGAGAGUUUAAGUAUGGAUUAUGUCCGAACUAAAGACAAUGAUCAUUUCAAUGCAAUGACGAGCCUAAGCAGCAAACUCUUCUUCAUUCUUCUUACACCUGCUAACCACUCUACUGCUGAUAAAAUCCCUUUAACAAAAGUGGGACGACGACUGUACACUGUAAGACACAGAGAGUCUGGAGUUGAAAGAUCUAUUGUUUGUCAAAUUGAUGCAGUGGAAGGAAGUAAGAAGGUAACAAUUCGCUCCCCCGUGCAGAUUAGAAAUCAUUUUUCAAUACUGCUUUAUGUUUAUGGAGGGGACGCCUUGCUGGGAACGGCUUCACCUGGAAAUGAAUUUAACGUACCAUUAGCGUCUUACCGAUCACUCCUUUCUCUGAAGCCAGAAGAUGAAGACUAUCAAAUGUGUGAAGGAAUUGACUUUGAAGAAAUUAUGAAAAAUGAUGGCACUUUUCUAAAGAAGAAAUGUAAAGCUAUAAACCCUUCUAAAAAGCCAUUCAUCAUUAAUAUUGUCCCAGAAAAAGAUAACUUGACAUCUGUGUCAGUGUAUUCUGAAGAUGGUUGGGAUUUACCGUACAUAAUACAUUUGUGGCCACCUAUCCUACUCCGAAAUCUUCUUCCUUACAAAAUUGCCUAUUACAUAGAGGGGAUUGAAAAUAGAGUUUCUACUCUACAUGAAGGCCGCUCAGCCCAGAUUUGUACCGUACAGUCAGAUAAAGCCAGGCUGCAUUUAAAAUUACUUGACUAUCUUAAUCACGAUUGGAAAAGUGUAUAUCAUAUAAAACCUAAUCAACAAGAUAUUAGUUUCAUCAGUUUUACUUGUGUCACAGAACUAGAAAAGACUGAUUUAGAUAUUGCUAUCCAUGUGACUUAUAAUAUUGGCCAGACAGUUAUAGCAUUUCAUAGUCCCUAUUGGAUGGUCAAUAAAACUGGUCGAAUGUUACAGUACAAAGCAGAUGGAAUUCAUCGAAAGCAUCCACCUUAUUAUAAAAAGCCAGUUCUCUUUUCUUUUCAGCCAAAGCACUUUUUUAAUAACAAUAAGGUUCAGCUUAUGGUAACCGAUAGUGAAUUGUCAGAUCAGUUUUCAAUUGAUACUGUUGGUAGUCAUGGAGCUGUUAAAUGUAAAGGCCCGGAAAUGGAAUAUCAAGUUGGUGUCACUAUAGACCUUAGCAGUUUUAACAUUACCAGAAUUGUCACAUUUACCCCUCUUUUUUUAAUUGAAAACAAAAGCAAAUAUCGGAUAUCAGUGGCUGAAGAGGGAAGUGAUAAAUGGCUCUCUGUUGAUUUGGAGCAGUGUAUCCCCUUUUGGCCUGAGGAUGCUUCUAGUAAACUUCUUAUUCAAGUUGAAAGAAGUGAAGGCCCUCCCAAAAAGAUACAUUUUAACAAGCAAGAAAGUUGUAUUUUAUUGCGUCUAGAUAAUGAGCUUGGAGGUAUUAUAGCAGAGGUUAAUUUGGCUGAGCAUUCUACAGUUAUUAAAUUUUCAGAUUAUCAUGAUGGCGCAGCUCCGUUUCUGUUAAUAAAUCACACCAAGAAUGACAUUGUUCAGUACAAGCAAAGUUCUCUUAGUAAAAUAGAAGAUUCUCUCCCUCCUGGAAAAGCAGUAUUUUAUACGUGGGCUGAUCCUGCGGGCUCUAGAAUGCUGAAAUGGGAAUGUGGAAAAAGCUACGGUGAAGUAACACAAAAGGAUGAUAUGAUGACACCUAUAAGUUUGGGGAAAAAGACCAUUUAUUUAGUUUCAUUCUUUGAAGGCUUACAACGCAUUAUUUUAUUCACUGAAGAUCCGAAAGUAUUUAGAGUGACAUAUGAAAGUGAGAAAGCAGAGUUAGCAGAGCAAGAAAUUGUGUUGGCGUUACAAGAUGUUGGAAUUUCUCUCGUCAAUAAUUAUACAAAGCAAGAAGUUGCCUAUAUUGGCAUUACAAGUUCUGAUGUGGUCUGGGAGACAAAGCCCAAGAAGAAGGCAAGAUGGAAGCCAAUGAGUGUAAAGCAGACUGAGAAGUUAGAGAAAGAAUUUAAGGAAUAUACUGAAUCUUCCCCAUCAGAAGAUAAGGUUAUUGAGUUGGACACUAACGUUCAGGUCUGCUUCACACCUAGUGGUACUAACAUGAAAAUUAUGCAACCACAUGUAACAGCUAUACGAAGAAAUUAUCUUCCUGCUUUAAAGGUGGAAUAUAGCACAUCUGCACAUCAAUCAUCAUUUAGAAUUCAAAUUUACAGAAUACAGAUCCAAAACCAGAUACCUGGUGCUGUUUUUCCAUUUGUGUUUUAUCCCAUUAAGCCUCCCAAGUCGGUCACCAUGGAUUCAGCACCAAAGCCCUUUACAGAUGUCAGUAUUGUCAUGAGAUCUGCAGGGCAUUCCCAGAUAUCACGUAUUAAGUAUUUCAAAGUGUUGAUCCAAGAAAUGGAUCUCAGAUUAGAUCUUGGCUUUGUCUAUGCUGUAGCAGAACUUAUGACAGAGGCUGAAGUGACUGAAAAAACAGAGGUUGAGCUUUUUCAUAAAGAUAUAGAAGCUUUCCAAGAAGAAUAUAAAAUAGUUUCAUUAGUAGAUUCAUCACAAGUCAGUCUAUAUGAGUAUUUUCACAUAUCUUCUAUCAAGUUGCAUUUAAGUGUUUCACUGAGUUCGGGUGGAGAAGAAGCUAAAGAUUCAGAACAACAUGGAGGACAGAUGGCAGUUCAUUCUAUAAAUCUUUUGCUGAAGAGUAUUGGUGCCACUCUUACAGAUGUACAAGAUGUAGUUUUUAAGCUUGCAUGUUUUGAACUCAACUAUCAGUUCCAUACGACAUCUGAACUACAGUCUGAAGUAAUAAGACACUAUUCAAAGCAGGCCAUUAAGCAGAUGUAUGUACUCAUUCUUGGACUUGAUGUUUUGGGAAAUCCCUUUGGCUUGAUUAGAGAAUUUUCUGAAGGUGUAGAGGCAUUUUUUUAUGAACCUUACCAGGGAGCCAUCCAGGGUCCUGAAGAGUUUGUGGAGGGAAUGGCACUAGGACUGAAAGCACUAGUUGGUGGAGCUGUUGGUGGAUUAGCUGGUGCUGCCUCCAAAAUCACCAGUGCUAUGGCUAAAGGGGUAGCAGCUAUGACUAUGGAUGAAGACUACCAACAGAAGAGAAGAGAAGCCAUGAACAAGCAACCAGCUGGUCUUAGAGAAGGCAUCACUCGUGGAGGAAAAGGCUUAGUGUCUGGUUUUGUAAGUGGCAUAACAGGAAUUGUUACAAAACCAAUCAAAGGAGCUCAGAAAGAAGGAGCAGCUGGUUUCUUUAAAGGUGUUGGGAAAGGUAUAGUUGGAGCAGUGACAAGGCCAACUGGAGGCAUCAUAGACAUGGCUAGCAGUACAUUUCAGGGAAUAAAAAGAGCUACAGAGACCUCUGAUGAAGUAGAGAGUCUGCGACCCCCUAGGUUCUUUAAUGAAGAUGGAGUUAUCAGACCUUACAGGCUGAGGGACGGCACUGGAAAUCAGAUGUUACAGAAAAUUCAGGUCUACAGGGAGUGGAUUAUGGCUCACAGUAGCAGUAGUGAUGAUGAUAAUGAUGAUCACGAUGAUUAGUCAGAUCUGAAAUGUUAAAAUUCAUAUGUUCUUUAUCAUUUUAUUUGAAAUCUUUCAUUAACAUGUUUUGUAUGACUGCUACCAUAAUGCUCAUGUGUCCAUUUUUAGGGAGUUAAAAGUACUUUUUCUUCUUAAAAUGUUUUCCUAUACAUUUUCAAACUACCAGAAUUGCCUUAUUUAAGCACAGAAAAAUGUAUUUUACAUCCAAAGUAGGGCAUACUAUAUAUUAUAGCAUUUGCUUGUAUGUAUUUGUAGCUUUGUGUAACACAGUUUGUCCUUGAGAUUUAAAGUUAGGCAAUUUUUUUUUGAUGUUAACUAGUUUCAUUUUAAGUUAUCUGCUUAUUUGUUAGCAAAAUGCUGUUUUUAAUGUUCUUUGUCAAUUUUCUGGGCUGUAAUAUAACAUAAUUGAGUUUAAAAAAAAGAAGGAAAGAAAAAGAAUAGUAAUAGCCAGUCAAUAUUUUAUAUUUACUUAGCAUUUUAGAAGUAGUUUUGUCAAAUUUCUUUUAUAAGAAUAAACAUAUAACUUGAAGCAAUACGAAUUUGUUGUUCUAUUCCAAAAUCAUGUAGGUUGAACUACUAUUAUAAGAAACAUUCAUAAUUUGUCACAAAGGUUAGAUAGUGAAAUAAUUUAUAGUCUCAGAAUAUAAAAAAAAUUAUUUUAUUUGGUUCACUUUUUAUUUCAUUUUGUUAUAUAUAUAUUUUGUGGAACAGUGAACAAAAUUGGUUUUACAGUCAUUAUACUUAUUAAGUUGCAUAUCCAUGUGCCUGUAUCCUUAUUACAAAAUGUUAUGAAUUCAAGACAUGAGAAAAAUUUUUAUAGUAAGCAUAGUUAUAUAUAUUUCUUCUGGGUAAUAUUGAAAAACUGUUAACUAGUUUUCUGAAAGAAUAAGCAAAUCUGUUUCAUGUUAUGUGUACUGAAGUUUUUUUUAAUUUCAACUUAGAUAAAACUUUUUUUAUUUUUCUAGUAUAUCAGAUGUACUUUAAAAAAAAAACUCUAAAAAAUGAACGCCUAUUAGUAUGUUGUUUGGGGGAAAAAAAGUAGUAUGAUGUUUGAUCCCUUAUGACGGCUCUACUUUUGGAUCAACAAAGGGCAUUUACCUUAAUUUAUGUUAAACAUUUUGCUUAUAAUGAGCUUAGAUUAUAGUAGAUACUUGCCUUAAUUGUUCAGCUUUUGGUUUAAUUUAUUCAGCCAAUGAUUUCUGAGUCUCUUCUUAUUCUUAGGUUUAUCAGGAUUUUAUCUCUAUAAAUCAUUAUUCACUAUUCUUAGAAAAUGACUCAAAUUUUUAAUAUUGAGCCAACAAAAAACAAAGCUAAAAAAUUCAGCUUUUUUGAAAUUUCUCCUUGCCUAGCAUAUUUAGAUUAAGUAGAAAUCAAGGUUGUGUGUGCUAGGACUAAGAAAAUUUGUGAAUGUCAAAUCAUCUAAUUACUGUUUUCAUCAAAAUAUAGUACUUUUAUCAUUUUGGAAUAAGUAAAUAAAUUAAAACAGUGACCAUUAGAAUAGUCACUACUGGUAUCAGAGACAGUUUGUAUUUGUCCUGCACUGCUGCUCUCUCACCCUUGGUCAAAAUCAAACAAAGCCUGCAGCUUCUACUGGAAGCUAGGAUUAACACAGCCUACUCUUAUGUUGUGUAUACCUGAGGAAAGAAGGGUCUGAAUAUUUCUUCACUGAAUUUUUAGAUCCAAAUAUUGCUAAGCAUGAAGCCUUUCUAAAGGAGAAAAUGCAAAACUGCUUGUUUGCAAGACAUUUACUGAGUUUCCUGUGGUUAGUCUGUGACAAUUCUAUGGUAUAGAUUUCAUAAAGAUCCUUAUGAAUUUAUCUGAAAAAAAUUCUGGGUAUUUUAGCAGUGACUUACCAUUUUAAUGAAAAGAAAGUUGGAGGUGGAAUUACAUUUAUUUAAAAUCUCUUGAACAUUAAAAAGAUUUAAAGCAAUAUUCUAGUAACUAGAAAACUUUGUCCAUGUGGUCUUAGGGAUUCAUUCUUAAGUUUUUAGCCCUUGGAAAUGACUUGUGUUCUUUAAUGGUAUAAUUGCCCUUGUUCUUUCUGUUUUCCUGACACAGUGAAAUAAUCUUUUCAGGCUUCUUUGCUGACAGGUAUUAUUUUUCCAGUUUAAAAAAUAUACUUAUUAUGUUGCUUAUAUUUGAGAAAAAAGACUGAGGAUAGCUCUGUUUUCUUGAUGGAGAUACAGGACUUCAACAAAAAUAUCUUCUUGUUCCUCAUCAAAUAUGUAGAAAAUGAGUUCAACUUUGGGAUUUUAAUGAGAUGAACAGUUCUUUUAUUAGUGGCUCUGUAAUUAGAACUUUAAAAAUGGGAAAUAUCCAUCUAAUAAAGUCGAGUGAGGAAGCCGAGUUCAAAAAAUUGACUGUUUAAUACCAUACCUUUCCAUAUCCUUUAUUUAUAUUGUGAAUUUCUACGUGGUCAUUGCUUAUGUGUAGAAAAAGGGAAGGAGGGUUCUUUCUUCUUCCUUAAGGGAAUAAUCAUUUAUUCUUUGUUUUCCUCUGUGUCUACUUGACACUUGAAUAACAUAUUGAAGACUGGCAGGAAGAAAAAUUUAUAGAAAUCCUGAAAUUGUAAACGCCUAUCACCAUGGAUAAAUAAUCUGCUUGUAGGAGCCUAUAAAUGAAAUUACUUGGUGCUCACAUUGGGUAUAGAUACAAGAAAUGUAAAUCCAGAAUAAUAUUGCUAACUUUCAAUAUUCCUUAUAGAAAAGGAAGUCGGAAUAAAUUUCAGUUUGCUUAUAUAUUUAAAAUCGGGAUUUUAUAAAUUUUACCUAUUGAAAUUGUUCAAAAUAUGUAUCUUUGAUGGAAUGUUGAGUGUUGAUUUUAAGGUCAUGUUAUUAAAAUUGACAGAUGGAGCCUUUGUAGAUCUGUGGCUAGGAGAUAAAGUUCAACAUGAAAUAUGUGUUACUAUCUUUUACGUCCCAAGUCAUAUACACUAGAGAAUGAUGACUGCAGUAAUAGCUGCUAUGGUAGUUUGUCUAACUUAUACCCUGUGGUGAAAUUUUGCCAUAUGCUCUCCUAGAGUGAUGGGAGGAAGACCAGAAACAACCAUCCCAACUUUUAUUUUACUUUUCUACUGUACUUUUAAGCCUCAGUUUUUUGUUUUAUAGGUUUCCUUGCAUGUUUAUAACUUACUAUAAUAGUCCAAAAUAUUAAAGGUACUGUGGGGUCUAAAUAAGAUAUGCAGACUAUUCAUUUAGGUCAAAUGAUAAUUAUGAUGAAUAUGUGAAAAGAAUGUCAGUUUUAUUUUUUAUUCUAUCCCUGUACCUUUGAAAUAAAUGGAGAUCAAUUUAAAAUGUUUAGAUUUAAUUAAUUUAAUCUUCAUUUUAGUGGAUAAAUGUUUGAAUUCAUGAAGUUCAGUGAAUACAAUCCAUACUAUACAAAACACCACAGAAAGUCCUGAAUUAAAGAAGAAUGAAGCACAUGAUUUCAGAUAGGUCUGUGUUAGGGAGCUAAUGAGAGUGAUUUAUGAUGGUCAUAUGUGAGAGUGUAUGGUUUGGUUUGUUUUAAUGUAGUAGACCAUUUUCAUGUCCAUAGUUAUCUCUCAAUCAACAUGAUAAAUUUAUUUAACAGUUUAUCUGUAUCAACCAGUAUGUAUAUAGCAAUAGUGUACCUCCAAACUUUUGCUUUAAAGUAAAUGUUUAAUAAUUUUGUAAAAUUAUUCUUUCGUGUAACCUUCUUCAUUGCGUAUACAUACUCUAUGCAUUGAAAUGGUAACAAAGAUAUCUACUAAAUUUUCAUUAUGCCAUUUCUCUGGAUCUUAGAGAUCCUUAAUUAUUUGGAACAUUCAAAAUAUAGUCAUUGUGUUUUUAUAAACAGAUAAUCAGGGUACUCAGAGGUCUAGUUAAGUAUAUAACUUUUUGAUUGGGAAUACUAUGUUUUUAUACUAUAAAUAAUCUUUUAUGAAUAAUUAAGUACAUUAUAUCUACAAAGAUUUUUUUUAAUGUAUUCAAUAAAGCUUGGAGUUUUCUUGAAUUAAAAAAAAAAUUAGAGACUCAUACUCAUUGGAAAAGGGAAAUCCCUCUUGUGAAUCAGUUAACUAACAUUGAUUCUCAGUCUACAAUUUUAGUAUUUUACAGAUGUGAAAUUUCUCAAAAAUUAGAUUAUUUUCUACAUUGUUGAAGUAUUAUAUGCUCAGUAAAGAAAAAUAGGAAUAGAAAAGAAAAAAAUUACCCUGUCUCCCUACCAUUUAUUGUGGCAUAUUUCAUUUUUAAAUUUUAUUCGUGUAAUUAUGAUUCAAAUAUACAAAUUUUGUUACAUAUUUUUGUUUUAUUGGAAAUUUGUAUAAAUAGAAUUAUUAACUUCUAAAGACUAAAAAAACGACCCAUUUAAUUCCCAAUGUGGGAAACUUGGUAUUUAUUUCUGGAAUACAUUAUGGCCAGCAGGACCUAUAUUUUUAUAGCUGAUGUAGAAGCUUUUCCUUUUUGAUUAAACGUACUUUUACCUUUUGACUCUACCUUUCUUA